UGUGGACAGCUUUUUCUACAAAAAGAUAUAAAAUCCCCACUGAAGAUCGAUUGUUACAAAAAUCAGGUUUAUGUGCCAAGAAAUCAGUUAAGACAACUGUGCGGAAGAUUUUCAGCCACAUGAAUAAUGGAACUACAAAAAUUGUUGUUCUUGGAACUGCUGGUGUUGGAAAGACUACAGUGCUGAAAGCCUUGAUCAAUCACCCCAACACAAAACGUAUGUUUGAUGCAACUAUUUUGGUUACUGUAUCAAGAUAUUGGAGCACAACAAAGAUUCAAAACCAAGUUUUAAGACAGUUAUCAUUGUCUCGUGAAUAUUCUGAAACUGAUUCUCAAGUUGCAGAAAGAUUAUUAGGGGUUCUAAAAGUGAGGAAGUUUUUGUUAAUUCUGGAUGAUCUUUGGGAACAGAUAGAUUUAGGGGCCGUGGGUAUUCCUGAUUCCAAUUCCGAAAAUCGCUGCAAGAUAAUAAUGGCAUUCAGAAAACUUGAUUCUGGUCAUGACAAGAAUGAGUUUAAGGUGGUUGAAAUAAAAACUGUCUCUGAGAAGGAAGCUAGAGAACUGUUUUAUGAACACGUGGGUAGAAUCAUUCGAUCCUCGGAUAUCCAGUCCUUUGCUGAAACUAUAGUUAAGGGCUGUGGUGGUUUGCCCCUGCUGAUUAUUGUUACUGGAAGGGCCCUAGCAGAGGAGAAUGAUGUUUCCAAGUGGAGGGAUGCAUCAAUUAAAUUCUCAUUAUCUAGAACUUCUAAUGGAUGUCAAACUGAAGAUGUCAUCCAACGAUUGAAAUUCAGCUUUGACCAACUCAAGGAGCAUGAUGUAAAGAGUUGUUUCCUUCAUUGUGCUUUGUUUCCAGAAGAUCAAGAUGUUAAUAUUUUUAACUUCAUAGAAUAUUGUAUCAAAGAAGGUUUAGUUACUGGUGUUGCUCAAGCUGAUGCAAAAAAAAGGGGUCGCUAUAUAGUUGAUGUUCUAGUUAGUGCUUCUCUGUUACAAGUUACAGAAGGUGGAAAAUCCAUUAAAAUGCAUGAUUUAAUCAGAGAUUUAGCAUUGGGGAUCUUAUCUUCAGUGCAAAAAGAUAGCAAGUUUCCGUUGAGAGUAGGUGAUCAAUUUUUGUUGAGUGCUUAUUCAAGAUCAAUGGAACUAUUUAAUUCUGGAAGUAGUUCGCCAUCCACAUCCUUAUGUGUACCUGAAGGUAAUCAAUUUUUGUUGAGAACUGGCGCAGGUCUAGCAGAACCACCGUCGGAGGAAGAGUGGAAACAUGCUAAAAUGGUGCUUUUGAGUGAUAAUGAGUUAUGCACUCUUCCUGAGGAACCAAAUUGUCCUGAGCUUUUGACAUUGUUCCUACAAAGAAACUGUUUUUUGAGAGUGAUACCGCCAUCCUUUUUUAACUACAUGACUUCUCUUGAAGUGUUGAAUCUAUCUGGGACUAGAAUACAGUCCUUGCCUGAGACACUUGUUAAGCUAGAAAAGCUCCUAAUCCUCAUCCUACAGGAUUGUAAAUGUCUGUUUAUGCUUCCCUCUGAAGUUGGAUUCCUUGUUCGUCUCGAGGUGCUUGAUCUCCAAGGCACUGAAAUUGACAAAUUACCUGAUGAACACGGUGAAUUGGAAUUCUUAAGACGUUUGGAAGUGCCAUUUUAUGGGUCUAUCGAUGAUGGCGAGUAUGUUAAAUUGCCACGCCAAUUGAUUUCGUGUGGCAUUAUAUCGAAGUUGUUCAAUUUGGAGACUCUAUGUAUUGUUUUGUAUCCAGGAGAUGCACGGUGGCAUGAGGAUGUGAAAUACAUCAAAACUGAGGUCUGCAAGUUGAAAAAGUUGAGUUCUCUUUGCUUUCAUUUCCCAGAAAUUGAGCAUGUCCAAGAAUUCCUCACAGCAAGUGACCCAUGGAAAAAUAAACUCUUAAUGGAGUUCAAAUUCGUGGUUGGUCGUGAGGUCAAAGACAUUUCCUCUCAUAUCCCAGAUUUUUUGGAUUUCGAUUAUAAUCAACAGCGCCAAUGUUUGAGAUUUGUGAAUGGUGAGAAGAAACCUGAUGAAGUUCUACAAAUAUUAGCUCGCAGUACUGCUUUCUAUUUGGAUAAUCAUCUUGACAUCGAGAGCCUUUCAAACUUUGGGUUAAGUAAUGUCAAUGGGUUGAAGUUUUGCCUAAUAUGUGAAUGCCCCAGGAUUAAAACGGUUGUGCGUGUGGAUGAAGUGGAGGAAGAUACUAAUGCUGCAUUUCCACUCCUGGAGACCUUAAGUAUCCAUCGCUUGUGGAAUUUAACAUCUAUUUGGGAGGGGAUUCUACCAGAAGGAAGCUUUGCUCAGUUAAGAAUUUUGUCACUGCAUGGAUGUCCGAAGUUGGAGUACGUCUUUAGAAGCUCAAUGAUUCAAUAUCUUUGUAAAUUAGAGGAAUUGGUUAUCGAAGAUUGUCGAGGCAUUGAACAAAUCAUAGUCGAGGAGGAGCCAACACAUUCUGAUUCUGUUGUACUUCCCAGUUUGAAGAAGUUAACACUUCACUAUCUACCUGCAUUGGUUAACAUAUGCAGAGGUCCUUGGCCGCUAUUUGAGUAUAUCAGCUUCUACCGUUGCCCAAACUUGAAGAAGAUUGGUAUUGAUUCCAAACUCAAAGAUGUGAUGAUAAAGGCAGAGAAGAGUUGGUGGGAUGGAUUAGAAUGGGAAAAUGAUGAAUUGUGCUUGCAUCUUGAAAACUGUUCCACCAUUAUUUUUCAAGAUCGUCUGUAAGUAAAAUUGUUGGUAUAUUUGUUUUGGAUUGGUAUUAUUCAUUGUUUCGUUUU